AACAAAAAGAGAGGAAGAGCCACAUCCGUUGAACCUACAGCUGAUCAACCUAUUAGUCAGGUAACCGACCACUGUUGAACAUGGCGAUACUUAUCUUUUUAGGACACGGCACAAGAACCUGUUCUAUCUACUGUGCCUAAAAAGACGUAAGCAAAUGAUGAACAAUAAUUCAUGACUGAAUCCAAAUAGAAAACGCGAUGAUGAAGAAAGUGGAACCACUGUCAGCACCAUUCGUAAAAACAUGAAAGACAUGUCCACGACCGAUAAAACCGUGUCAGAAAGCUCAAGUACAGAGAACUCCCCCAAAAACACACAUGCAUUUGCUAAAUUUGCUGGUAAACAGCAAGACGACGAUGACUGGGGAGAAUUUGCUGAAGAAGACGAAGAAGAGGAAAAAAAGAAGGAAGAACCCAAACAAGACGAUAAGCCCAAAUACACAUUUGGUGCUUCUUCUGGAUUUGGUUCUAAAGGUUGGGCAACGACGCAUCAAACUGUUCCCGUCAAGUCUACUUUAGGUGGGUUUGGUAAUUUUGGUGGAUUUAAGAAAGAGGCUCAGGAAAAAGAACCCUCUUUUAGUGCAUUUGCAAAGACAACAGUGUCUCCUUUUGCUAAUGUGGCUGCUGCUGUGAAUGUGAAUGCCUUAUCGACUGAUAAACCACAAACACAAGAAGAAGAAGGAUCAACUGGAUUUGGUGGGUCUGUCAAAACCAAAGUACCUGGUGUUAAACCCACUGAAGUCAAAACAGGAGAAGAGGAUGAACAGACAAUCUAUCAAACAAAAGCCAAGUUACUCGUCUUGGAUAACAACAACUGGAAAGAACGCGGUGUAGGCACUUUUCGUAUCAACAUGAAGGAAGACAAGGCACGCCUUGUGAUGCGCACAGACUCUGUCUAUCGUCUUAUUCUCAAUUUGGGAUUAUUCAAGGGCAUGAAAGUUUGCAUGAUGCAAGAUAAAUUUGUUCGUUUUGCAGGCUUUGAGACAGAGACAAAAGAAGAUGGCACUACAGACACAAAAUUGGUUAGUUUUGCACUCAAGUUGAGUAAUGCAGGUGUUGCUAAAGAAACAUGCGAUCAAAUCACUGCAUGUCUUCCUGAAUAAAUACAUAAGCCACAAUCUUUAAUUUCUCUACUUUCU